AUGGGUAAGAAGAAGAAUACCAACAACAAAAAGAAGAACAACAACAACAACAACAACAACAACAACAACAACAACAACAACAACAAGAACCGACUACCGAUAAACGACAAUCCAAAUUCCAACGAGCAAGCUUCUUCCCUAGCUGAACCCGCCCCGGAGACGGUGGCCGAAGUGAUUGGGAAUGGAGCAACCAUCGAUCCAACCUUCGACCGUCAAACCAUGCAAUUUCAUUAUUAUUCUGUUGCUGCUACCUCGUCCGAUGAUGGUCUGACCCCGGCUAAGGACCAGGAGAACAACAAACCCGUCGAUGGCCAACCUUCCGACAGUGCUGCCCAGGAAGAAGGAUCUGAUAGCACCUCAACUGAUGGUUCAUCGUCGCCCGAUUCUGGAGAAACGUCUGAGACAAGCACACCACCUUCCGAGCCCGCCGAAAUCGCUGCUGAUGCUGUCGACGACACCGAUGCGGCACCCAAAGAGGACAGUAAGACACCUGCUCCCGCGCCAGAUGCACCCGCAACGGACGCGGACGAUAGCACACCAGCAGGUGAAGACGCCACACCAGCCGAUGACGCACCCAAAGAGGACGCACCCGAAGACGUAGAGCCAGAGCCCGCCGCCCCCGACGCAGCCGACAGUCCACCGGCACCAGCGGAGGAGACUACUGAGCCUCCCCCAAGCACUGGUAUGCCUACAAAGAAGAUCAGUUCACUAAGUCAGCUAACAUUACACCUAGAGGAAGACUUUCCGGCCUGCGACCCCUCCGCCGAAGAAGACAAAGUCGAAGCCGAAAAGCAGGCGGUUGAAGCUACCACAGCGGAAGAAGAGACACCAGCAGUCGGUACAGAACACCUCAUAGAUCUGAACAUUGACAUUGUUGACUUCGACGCGACAACUGACCCCUAUAUAGACGGCCCAUCGACAGAAGAGGUCCCGCCCGAUACGAAUGCUGAUAUUCCCGGUGACGACAAUGCAGGUGCGAAUGACAAUAGUGAUGCAAUUAAUGACACCUCAGCUACAGAAGCCAAACCGGAGGAGGAACCGAAGGUGGCCGAGGCUCAGUCAGAAGCUCCUGCUGACGGUGCCGAGCCUUCAACCACUGAGGCCGUUGUAGGGGAGGCUGCGGAGGAGGCAAAGGCCGAGCCCGUCAAGGAAGAAGCGCUAGAGGCCGCAGAGCAGGCAGGGGAGGGAGCGCCAGCAGAGACAAAAGAGGAGGUCACAGCAGAUGCAGCUGCCGCCGAACCUGAGGGGGACGCUACAAAGGCAGAAGAAUCUGCACCAGUUGAAGCGCCCGAAGAAGCAGGUCCCACUCCAGAAGAGACUGAGUCACCUGCAGCAACCCAAGAACCCGUGGCAGAGGCAGAGGCAGAGGCAGACCCCAGCCCCCCAGCUCCCACUGAUGCGCCCGAAGAAGCUACUUCAGGAGAAGUUGUUGAGGAAAAGGGUACAGGCGAAGACAUUGCCGAGGCCGAGGCACCUGCCGCAGAGACCGCGGCCGAUGAACCUGCUGCUGAUGCAACAAAAGAUGCUCAGGAUGAAGCACCAGCUACGCCAGAAGAGUCUACAGAAGUGACGGAAGCGGCAGUCGAAGAAUCCACGGACGAAAAGCCGGCCGAGGAAACACCCGCGGAGGCAGAGGCGGCGGCCGAAGCUGCACCUGCGGAAGACCCUGCAGGUGAAGCUGCGUCGAAAGAGGAGCCUGCUGUUGAGGAGCCUGCAACAGCCGAUGACGUGGCUGCCGAAGAAACGGCGCCUGCCGAAGAUAAGGCUAUUGUAGAAGAAUCUGCUCCAGCUGAAGAGCCCGCUGCUGAGACUCCUGCUGCUGAAGAAGCUCCCACUGCUGAGGAACCGGCUGCGGCUGAAGAACCGACUGCUGCUCCAGAAGAAACUCCUGCCGAAGAAGCUGUUGCUAAGGAGGUUGUCGCUGAAGAACCAGCCGCCGAGAAAGCCCUUGCUGCUGAGGAAGCCCCUGCUGCUGAGGAAGCCCCUGCUGCUGAGGAAGCCCCUGCUGCUGAGGAAGCCCCUGCUGCUGAGGAAGCCCCCGCUGCUGAGGAAGCCCCCGCUGCUGAGGAAGCCCCCGCUGCUGAGGAAGCCCCCGCUGCUGAGGAAGCCCCCGCUGCUGAGGAAGCCCCCGCUGCUGAGGAAGCCCCCGCUGCUGAGGAAGCUCCCGCCGCUGAGGAACCAGCUGCUGCUGAAGCUGUCGCUAAGGAGAUUGUCGCUGAGGAAGCUCCCGCCGUUGAAGAAGCCCCCGCCGCCGAAGAAACCCCUGCUGCCGAGGAGCCCGCACCGGAAGAACCUGCAUCUGCGGAUGAACCGAUCGUCGUUGAGGAAGCUGUCGCUGAAGAAGUCGAGGCUGAAGAGGUCGAGGCUGAAGAGGUCGAAGCUGAAGAGGUCGAGGCUGAAGAGGUCGUGGUUGAGGAAGUUGUCGAGGAGGCCGUUAUCGAGGAAGCUGCUGAAGAGCCUGCAGCAGAAACCGUCACUGAGGAACCUGCGGCUAGUGAAGAGCCCGCUCUAGAGAGAUCUAUUCCCGCCGACGAGCCCGCCACUCCCGAGGAGCCUGCUCUCGAAGAUGCUACUCCCGUUGAAGAGCAUGUCGAAGAGCCUACCGCCGUAGAGGAGCCCGCACCUGUUGAGGAGCCUGUCAUUGUCGAGGUCAGUCCUGCAGAACAUGUAUCUGAGGAGCCAGCGCCUACAGAAGAUUCUGCUCCUGAGGAACCUGCUGCUGAGGAACCUGCUGCUGAGGAACCUGCUCCUGCCGAAGAGCCGGCGGCGGAAGAAGUUGCGCCUGUCGAAGAGCCUGCACUUGCGCCCGCUGAAGAAUCUGCAUUUAUCGAAGAACGUGCUCCUGCGGAACCCGAUUUGGUCGAACGUUCUCCCUCUGAGCCUGAGCUUCUUGAGCGUUCUCCAGCCGAAGUACCUACUCCUGCUGAGGAGCCUGCUGCAUAUGAGCCUACCCCAGAAGAGCCAAGUGUCGACAGAGGGGUCCCCGAAGAGGCCCUGGCUACGGAUGUGUCGGAGGAUAUUGACUCUGCCGACCACGAUGGCGAAGCCUUGGCUGCAGCCGGUGCGGCAGCGGCAGGGGCAGGGUUAGCAGCAGCGGCCGCCCACAGUUCACGAAGGAAGAAGAAGAGGUCUCCCGACUUGGAGCGGGAUCGAGACCGAGACCGCUCCAAGAGCUCAUCCGAAGGACAUCGAUCAAUGCAGCGGCAGAACAGUCAACGCGGUAGCGGUCUUACUGGUCGAUGGGCGGAAUCCAUGAAGGAAGCCCGACGACAGCAUGAAGAAAAGGCCAAACAGAAGGCAGCCUUGGCCGAGAGGGCCGAGAGGGCCGAAAAAGAGCGCCGUGCCCAUGAACGCGAGCGUGCAAGACGCGCUGAACGAGAACGGGCUGAACGGCCUGAGAGAUCUGAGCGCGUUGAACGACAUGAACGACAUGAGCGGACUUUACGUACUGAGCAGCCUGAGCGAGCUGAAAGGCGCGAGAGAGCGGAACGAGCACAGCGACAGGAGCAAGCGGAGCGCGAACGGGCUUUGAGGGCUGAGAGAGUCGAGCGUCACGAGCGGUCUGAGCGAUCGGAAAGAAUGGAGCGUCGUAUAAGCGAGCAAGACAGCAGCUCAAGCCGACCGCGACACCGCAGCUCAAACCACUCUGAGAGCUACGAGGGCGAUCGCAAGAGCAGCUCCUCCUCCUCUCGCGUCAUCCCAGAAUCCACGACCACGAAGCCUCGCUUCUUCCUCAAAUACAUGGCCGAUGGCUCCGACAACCGACCGCCUCUGAUGGUCAACGCUGCCAAAGCGACCGCCAAUGUUUACGACCGCUCGCGACGCCCCUCAACCACUCAUUCCCACAGUCAUCGAUCCUCGCAGGAAGGCAAGAGCACGAGUGAGCGCUCCACCGAGUCCUCCCGCCGCGAAGACGAAGAGGAUCGUGCUCGCCGCGAGGCUCGCCGGGCUCGCAAGCUGGCCGAACAGACCGAGGCGGCGGCGGCGGCGGCGGCACCGCCAGCGAAAGAAGAAACCGAGCGGCGUCAUCAUCGCGGCGAGCAGCGCGAUAGCACCGAGUCGUCUCGCCAUCGCCAUCACAGACACCGCCGGGACCCCACGCCUCCUCCGAGCGGGGCUUCGAAGAUGAAAGGCUUCUUCAAAGCCGCCAUCGCUGCACACUGAGUGCAUUGCUCUCUUCCCCUUCCCCCUCCCUCCUCCCCUUCCUCCAUCGAGUUCAUAUUCCACGAUGAUCACCGACCGUCUCAUAUGUUCAACCCAUGCAUCUAUACAUUACUUUCUUGUAACUUUCCCCCCCAUCUUUGAUUGUUUUCUUUUGGGAUUCAUAUAUUUUGAGCCUGCAUUUAUAGGUACAGCAUUUGGGAACGGGGCAUCGUGACUUUUUGUGGUUAAUUGUUUUUCAUCUUCAUGUCUCUUGUAUGAGCGAGCUCCCCCCUUUUCGGGUUUCAUCCACUCCGAUUGUAUCUCGAUACUUCUACUUUCUACUUUCAGUUCCUCGUCUUUUUGUUAAGACACGUUACCUUGUAAAUGUGUUUUCUUUUUUCUACCAAAAAAGCAA